CUUCGAUAAGCUUGCUACGCUGAAACAUUGGAGCAGAAAGAAUCGCUCGUACAGAUCAUCGAGAAGAGACUCAGGAUGGCACAAACAACUAAAGCUAUCGUGUCACACGAUACGCUUGACAACAAAGGAUGGAAGAUGGAAGAGGUCACACUCCGAGAUCUCCAAGAAGGCGAGCUUCUCGUUGAGAUGGUCGCAACUGGAGUCUGCCACACAGAUGCUUUGAUCGGAGGUAUACCAGGCGGAGCAGCACCAAUCGCCUUCUACCCGCGAGUUCUUGGACACGAGGGCUCCGGAUACGUUCGCAAAGUCGGUCCAGGCGUCUCUGUCGCAGCCGAAGGCGACCCAGUCCUCCUCUCCUUCGCCUUCUGCGAGAAAUGCGAAAUCUGCAAAACCGGCGGCCACUCCAACUGCAAUUCCUUCAACGAGCUAAACUUCGGCCCUCAGCCCGCUUUCCACCUCGCAUCCAAGAGCGGCGAACCCGACGUUGGAGGCUGCUUCUUCGGACAAUCCUCCUUCGCCAACUGGUCGAUCGUCAAAUCCUGCUCCGUCGUCAACGUCAAGGACACUGUGACCGACAAGAAAGAUCUCCAGCUCUUCGCUCCACUCGGCUGCGGUAUCCAAACCGGAAGCGGCACAGUCGUAAACGUCUCAGGCGCUACAGAGAAAGACUCAAUCUGCAUCCUCGGUCUUGGCGGUGUAGGACUUUCAGCAAUCAUGGGCGCAAAGAUCCAAGGCUGCAGACAAAUCAUCGGUGUCGACCGCGUCGAAUCCCGUCUCAAGCUCGCCAAAGAACUCGGCGCAACACACGUCAUCGACGGCUCAAAACUCGAAGGAAAAGAUAUCGGAGAUGUCAUUAAAGAGAUUGCAGACGGUGUCGGACCUUCCAUCACAGUUGAUACAACCGGUGCACCAGUCCUCAUGAAUGCAGGAAUCAAGUUUACGAGGAACCGAGGCAAGUAUAUUCAGGUGGGCUCUCCUCCGUUCGAUUACACGCUGGGAGAGGUAACUGGCUUUGAAUUGAUGAUUUCUGGAAAACAAUGGAUUGGAGCUAUUGAAGGUGGUGCGUAUCCGCCGGAUUUCGUGCCCAAGAUGAUUCAGUGGUAUCGGGAGGGCAGGUUCCCGAUCGAUAAGAUGGCAAAGUUCAUGCCGGCGGAUGACUUCCAACAGGCGCUUCAUGAGAUGCAUACAGGAGAGACAAUCAAGCCAAUGUAA